CCAGCGAUAGGUUGAAGCCGGCCAAGGCUGAGUCUGACGACAACAUCUUGUAAUUCGUAACCAUCACCACGAUACCCCCAACCAAUCUAAUUACUCAACGCAGCGAGUCGAUUUCCUUUGUCCCGCCGUGCGAGCCGCCGAAGAUACUCGAUCUUGAUUCCGAUUCCGAUUCCUGCUACAGCUAUCCGCUUCCGCCUAAUCCAGGAGCCAGCCUCCUCCGAUUCCAAUCUUCCUCACCCUACACCUACACUUACACGUAGAGCCCGCCGCGCCUCGCCUCGCCCACAAUGCCGACCGCGGGGCUCAAGACCAUCAUAGCGCUGUCGUUCGUCCUUGCGAUCGGCUUCCUGCUCGUCAUCCUCUCGUGCGCGCUGUACAAGGUGUACUACCCCCUGCUCGUCGUCGCCACCUACGUGCUGGCGCCCGUGCCCAACUGGAUCGCCACCCGCUGCGCGAACCCGGACGACUUCGUCGAGAGCACCGGGAAUGGAGUCCUGGACCUCGGCCGCUUCUGCACCGGAUUCAUGGUCGUCAUGGGGAUCGCCUUACCUGCUGUCUUAGCGCACUCGGCUCUGAUCGGCAUCCCGGCGAUGGUCAUGAGUAUUAUCGGAGGACUUCUGAUCUACGGGACUAUCAUCUCGUUCGGCAUGUUCUUCCAGGAGGAGCAAGAGUUUUGAUGAGUUGAUCUCGUGACGAGAAAGGACGACGGAAUACCCCUGGAUCACGGGAAUCGGAAGUAAGAGAAGGGCAAAUGGUCAGUCUACGUCGUUGUAAUAUAUAUGCGUAUUAUGCGAAUUGAACGGAGUGCGGGCAAGGAUUACUACUACUAUUGGGUUGGCAUAGGUUGUCAUCUUUCGGAGCAUCAUCGAAGACUUUUCGAGUAUUGCAUUGUCUCUAUUAAAUCGAAAUAUCCCAUACGAC